GCUGGGGGGAGGCGGGAGGAGCCCGUGGGGGUGGGAAUGGGAGCAGGGAGGUGAGAUAUAACCGGGACGAGCCCCCUGGUGCUCUCACCCUGCUGCUCACACCCUGGUGCGGAGCUGCUCCUUCCCAGCCUUGUCCAGAGUUAACCUCGAGAAAAGAACACAGGAGAUAAGAGACAAGGACAUGGCUCAAUUUUUUGCAGGUGCAGUAGCUUUCUGUGUGCUUGAGAAAGCCACAGUAGCGAUAAUCGACAAGAUAUGCAACGAAUACAACAGGAGAGAGAGAGAGAAGACCACAAAGGAUCUGGAAUCCAAGAUGAGCAAGGACUUCCAGGACCUCAAGAAUAAAAUGGAAGCUCUGCUUAAAGAUUUCAAAGAAUUGGAGGGCUCUACGCAGAAUGACGUUCAGCUCCUAAGACAAAAGGUGGAGAAGAUCCAAGGAAAGAAGGAGAAGGAAAGGGCACGGGUCCUGGAAUCCAGGUUGAGGAAGAAUGUCCGGCAGCUCUCCCAAAGAAUUCAGUCUCUGGAAGAAGAUGUAGAGAAUUGGCCAAUGACCAUAAAGUAUAAGCUUCAGGUUCGCAGAGAAGAGCUGGAGAAGAUCCAAGGAAUGAAUGUGGAGAAUAUUGCAUUAGCCCUGGAGAACAUGUUGCAGAAGAACAAACGACAGCUCUCUCAAAAAAUUCAGGCUAUUGAAGAGGAUAUAAAUGAAUGUCUGGAUACCAUGAAGUAUGAGCUUCAGGUUUUCAAAGAAGAGCUGGAGGAGAAGAUCCAAGGGACAAAGGAGAAGAACUUGCCAAUGGUGAUGUCGUCCAGUAUAGAGCUAGAAAUGUGGCUGCUCCUCCAAAGAAUUAAAACUCAUACUUUCGGUAAACUGAAAUGCUCGGAGAUCAGAGAGCAUGAGCUUGAGAUUUUCAGAAAAAUGCUGGAGAAAAUCCAAGGAAGGAAGAAGGAGUAGAGUGCACGGGCUUUGGAAUGCAGCAUGGAGACGGUCGUCCAGCAGCUUUUUUCCUCAAAUUCAAACUAUGAUUCAGGAAUUACAGGAGAGACAGUAAUGCCUAAAUACGCUGAUCUGGAACAGAGUCUAGACAGAGUUAAAGGAUUAAUGUAGUUAUUUAUUGAAAGACUUUUAAAUGAUACAUCUUGGGCAGUACAUGAGCCCGGCCCUGGUUCUACCCAAGUUGAAUGCACGAUGGACGACCGGUCACGGGUCUUCACAAUUUUAUAAAUGUUGAUCCUUUUACAUAUCGUGGUUAAUUUUCCAGUUACGUCUUCAUUUUAUAAAGUCCUACCCUCUCAGUUUGCUCUCUUUAAUUCACUAUUGUUUAUCCUUUUUUGGCCUAAGGCUGUAAUGGCCGUCCUUGAUUCUCAGGCUGGAAAAGGAUUGUUUUGUCUAACUGAAGAGAACUUACUAAUAUUGUAUAUGAAGUUCAGAAUCACACAGUAAGACAGUACAAAAUCUAAAAAAAUGAAAGCUAAAACUUUAGGCAUCAUAAGUGCUGUUCUGAAAGGAAAAUGCCUUUAAAAAGAAAUUAAUUUCCUCUCCACCCCUCCCCCGUGCUUGUCUCAGUUUAUUGCUGCUUAUGGUGUGACAUGGAAUGGAACAUCCCUUGGGUCAGUCCAGCCCGGCUGUGCCAUCCCUGCUCCCUCAGGAACACUUGCCCACCCCAAGUGCAUGGGUUGGAGGGGGUUGCAGACACGCUUCUUGGGUUGAGCACUGUGACAAGGACAGGAAAAGAGAACAACAUUUACUGUCAUCAAGGACAGUAGAACAGAACAGCACAGCCUUGGAGAAAUGGAUAAAGGAUGUAGCUGAGGCAAACAGAAGUCACACAAAUUGCAAGCAGGAUGCCACCUCAGCUCUGCAAGGCUGACAAAGCAGAAAUUAUGCAAAGCAAUAAUAUUGCCUAUACUCAAAAGUGGGGGUCGAGGAGCAGCCACCUAAAAAGGACACUGGAUGUCGAAGACAAAUCCCAAUGAACCAUAUAAAGACUUGUGAUAUGGGUUGCAAAUGUGUCAAAUAAAUUCAAAGGAAGUGGGGAUAACUAAUGAAUACGUAAUCAGUGCGUGUGAUAAAAACUCUGUUCGCCUGAUGCCCAAUGCACACAACUGGAUGAAGGAUUACCCAAGUGACCACCAUGCUGUAAUAAAGAAUACCUGCUUUCAAAUACUCAAAA